GUUCAUUGUCUCGGACUCUGUGCCGAUGAAUGGGGAAGACGUGGCGAAGGAGUCGUUCAUAUACAGCCCGGACGUGGCGCCUGAGGCGCUGCGGGAGUUCAAAAGCACGUACAAACGGAAGACAGAUGAGCAGUAUCUGCUUGAAAAGAAGUACGACAUCACUUUCGAGCGGAAACACAUCAAGGACCUUGUGCACCUCAUCACGUCCGAGAUCAAGAAGAAGGGCACGAAGACGCCGAUGCUCAUGCUGCCCUUCCGGCCGGCGCACCACGAUGUGGACCUCAAGACCUUUCUCAACAGCGUGUUUUACCGGGGAAUGCCCGUGGAGGAGCAGGUUGCGAAGAAGAUUAUCAGGAAGACGGACGAGUGCAUUCUCAUGAGUGCACUGAAGUUUCUCUGGUGUCGGCUGCCAGGCAAGGCCAUCAUCGGCUGGAAAGCGUACACGAAGUUUGUGAAGCUCGAGGACAGCGCAGGCUUCCCAGACAAGGCGUUCUUGGAGUUCAUGCCGAACUGCCUCUCGUCGGGGGCGCAUGCGUCGAUCGUGUACGACUUCUUCGACUUGAUAGUGGCGCUUGUGCUCAACUCUAAGGAGAACCUCAUGUCCGCCAGAAAGCUGAGCAAGAUGUGUGGCCUGUGGGCGUUUAACCCGGUGAGGAACCAGGCCUCGGGCGCCCCCUCCUUCGAGCGAGGACUCUACGAGUGGAUACCUGCUGGCGACGCAAUGUACCAUUUGCUCUUGUCCUUUGUGAAAGCCAUGCCCCCCAACGGCGACGUGACACGAUUGCCAAAGCUCUUCCAGGUCCUAUUGAAGAGCUCCGACUAUCCACCCUUGCCCACAUCCGCAACCUUAGAAACCUCGAGACCGUUGCAGGAGAUCCCAAUGGUCACCAUCCGGGCAAACACCCCCUCGGCGAACCCGGCCGAGCUACUCACACGGGUGAGCAAAACGUUAAAGUUCGACGAUGCUACAUUGUUUUACACCAGGGAGGACUUUUUAUUGUUGAAGAGGUUGUUCAAGGAAAAAGAUCAGGUCGUGGAGAAACUCUCCUCGGAGGGCACCAGGUUGCUCGAAAAUCUCUGUCUGUAUGACUCGGAUCUCAUGUGCGACGGUGAUAACUCAAGCUCACUGAAGUUCAAAUUAGUUCCUGGCUGGUCAACGGACAUGACCUCGAGAAAAUUGGCUCCCUCAAAGAAAGGAGUGCAUGAAAUCUUCACCGCCGUCAUCGGACGAGCCAGCAUUGAUGACUAUUUCAUAUGGACCUGGCUAGCGUCUUUAGGAGUUGAGGAAACAGAUCUAAAGAAGAAAACUUUUGGUAAAACCUACAUCAUGGAAGUAGAGUUGGCCGAAGGUUUCAAAAAGUGGGUCAUAGUUGAGGAGCAGGAUUUGGAAAGAGAUGGCUAUGAUAUCGAGCUGGAGAUCAAGCAGGAAAAACUAAAGCAGCUUGAGCAGAAAAUUCAACUUGCGGAAAUUGAAGCCAAGAAGGUGAAGCAGGAUGCUCAACACGAGAAGAAAAAGUUAGUGCUGGAAAAAGUCGAUGUCAAAGAGCUGAAAACCCAGCAACCGACCUCUUUACCGCCUCCGCCUGUGCCACGGAAGGAUUACGAUGCUGACGAGAUUCCUCCACGUUCGAAAUCUCGUAAGCCGCCUCCACAAAAUGGGACAACUAGCUCGAAUGUAUCCGGAUCUCCGGCUCCGGCUCCUACAAUGAUUCCUCCUCCACGUUCUGACAAAAGAGCUGAAAGUCCACACUAUAUGGAAAUCCAAGAGCCCGAGCCCCAAUCCAUGCCAGCUAAGCGUUACGCAACAAAAGUGGUUAAUAACGAGGAAAUCCGUAUCUCUUUACCAAUUCUGGAUGCAGAGGAUACAUUUCUCAGAUUCGAUGCUCUUGGAAUUUCAGAGGCAGAUCUGCAGUCUCCAUCGAAAACUCAAGCACACCUAUAUGUCCCUGCUAUCAACUCCAAUGAAUAUGCUUAUGGCAAUGGAUUUGGAAACAACAGGUUCACAAAUGGAGAAAACAACGAGAAUGUAAGUUCAAAUGGAAUGAUGAACGGGAAUCAUAAUGGAUUUACUAAUGUGGAUGAAAACGGCAAUCUGAACUAUGCCAAUGGGGUACAUACCAAUGUAAAACAUGCCAAUGGAGCACAAGCCCAAAGGCAAAUGUACACUCCAAGUAAUGGUACCCCAUCGCCGACAAAUUAUUAUUCCCCUUUACAAUCUCCGGAGAAUAGUGCUGCUAUAAAUUAUGAGAUGUACAUGCAAUCUCCAACAAAAGGACAAUUUUCUGAUCAAAUAUAUCCUGAUCAGCAACAUAAUAACAAGCAAUCACCACCACCUUCGAGGUCACCUCGUCAGAAGUACUCUACUUCUCCAGUCUCUAAGUCGCCACAGAUGUCUUCAAGCCCUCCGCGUUCUGCCUCGCCGGCUCUUAACAUGAAAUAUCAGGGCUCCCCCAGAGGUUAUCAAAAUUCUCCACAGCAAAUCCAACCCCAAAGAUCGCCAAUCCAGCAACAAAAUAUUCAGCCUUUUGUAUCGCCAAAUGUACAGCCUGCUUUGCAAAACUUACAGUCACCUACUCAUCAAUCAGCCGAUCAAACAGCUCAACAACUUCCACUCUCACCAAUCCAGCAACAAAUACCACAUCCUGUGCCUAAUACUGCGCCAAGCAGUAGGAGUUUUGGAAAUGAAUGUGAAAAAAUUCCUAAUCUACCUCCUCCACCUGAAAUCGGUGAUAGGACGCCAGGUGACAUGGCUUCCGGUGAAAGGUCAGAAAGUGAGUUAACUGCACUUUCAAGAUCUCCAGUCAUUAAUGAGAUCGAUGAACUUGAGGUAGAGCUUAAAGAUUGUAUGGAUGAUUUAGAAAACAGCAGCGACACUUUGACUGUACAGUCACGUAAUGUCUCUAACUCGUCACGUCUCAGAAAAGCUCCACCAUUGGCAGAUCCACUGAAUUUUUCCGUAUCUUCUGAAUCUUCGUCAGCUUAUCCUGCUACAACAAUAGGUGGUAGGGAUCAUCACACAAAAUUUUCUGAGGAUUUACGAAACGCCCCUCUUCCUGCAAAACCCAAUGCUACUAUUGAUGGGCCUCAACAAGGUAUAUUACCGCCAAAGCAAGCGGUAAGGAAUUCUUCGAAUCCAAACAGGGCAUUGUCUCCUGCCCAAAAACCAAAUCAUCAACUUCCUGCACGGCAUUUUUCUCCUCAGCCACACCAUUCACAGCAGUAUCCACCUCAACAAUAUCCACCUCAACAAUAUCCACCUCAGCAGUAUCCUCCAUCAGGAUAUCCUCCACAAUACCCUCCACAUUCUCCACAAGGAUAUCCGCCACAACUUUUUCCCCCACAAGGAUAUUCUUCUCAAGGUUUCCCUCCACAAGGAUUCCCUCCACCGCCUCAACAGCAAUACCCACCAAGGCAAUACUCUCCACAAGGAUAUUUUCCUCCACCGACCCAAUUUUCUCCAAGGCAGUAUCCUCCACAACAAUUCUCCCCGAGACAGUAUCCGCCUCCACAGUUUCCUCCAAACCCUGCCGGGAAGCGUGUAUCGAAAUCCCCGAGAAACCAAAUGCCACCUCACUAUGCAUCUCCAACUCCAAAUAUGGGUAAGCCUUUUCCUCCAUACCCUCAAGGAGUGUACUAUCCGCCAAUGCCUCCAAAUCAAUUUGGUGUCCAAAUAGCCCAUCCUUCGCAUGAAGAACAGAAGACCUCAUCCCAUAGCAAGAACAUUAUUCAGCAUUUACCGCCGUCUAACCGUGUUGAUAAAUUACAUGGGCCUCAAAACCUUAACAAGAGGAAUGCAAGAGAUGCAUUUAUGACAGGAAACUUUGGUAUAUAGACAAGCUAGAGGUUUACUUCAUGCAGCACUUAUGUUUAACGUUAGCAUCUGUAAUUUUACGUCCAGGUAUUAGACCUAUUUAUUUCCAUAUAGUCACUUAAUAAUACACUGAU